CGCGCUCCGGAUCGCGACCAGCUUUGCUUUGCACAAUUCCUGAGCUUCACAGGUGUCACAACGCCCAAAGAUAGCCCAGCAUGACAGAGAACUUGGCUUUUGAGGGUUUAGUCCCGAAUGAAUACUUUACACAGGAUGGCCGCUUGGGCUCCUUCCAUCAAGUCUACCCUGCACCAAAGCGCCGUCAAUCAGGCGCGACCAAAGGCGGCAAAAACCUCACAUGGCCGCACAUGAAAUACUUGCUGCCAGAAGAUCUCGCGAAAGCAGGUUUCGUCUGGCGGCCGUUCCCCGAAAACCCCGACAACGUCGCAUGCUUCCUCUGUAACAAAUCUCUCGAUGGCUGGGAAGAGGGUGAUAAACCCCUCGAGGAGCACUUGAAGCACUCUCCCGAAUGCGGAUGGGCCAUUGUCGCGGGUAUCGAAGCCAAUCUCAACGGGUUGUCAUCCGAAGACCCUGCCAGCGCUCGAAUGAUCGCGGCCAGAAAGGCAACUUUUGAUGGACGUUGGCCACACGAGGGAAAGAGGGGCUGGAAGAAUAAGAUCAAACAGCUCGCCGAAGCAGGAUGGAAAUACACGCCUUCCCUCGAGUACAACGAUAUGGCAACCUGCACCUACUGCGAGCUUGCUUUGGACGGCUGGGAACAAAACGACAAGCCCAUGGACGAACACUUCAACCGAUCCCCCAACUGCCCGUACUUCUCUUUGGUAAACCAAUACGCUUCCACGAGAAAGCCGAAAGGCAAGGCAGCCCGAGGCUCAAAGACCACGUCGAGGCUAUCUGUGCAAUCAGUCGCGACAUCGAUCUCCGACAUCACAUCGAUCACAGAUGUUCCCGCGGAAUUCGACGACAGCGUGUUGACAACGACCUCCACGAUGGGCGGUAAGAAAGGCACUCGUGCUAAGAAGGCCACCACUACGAAAGGAAGGAAGACCAAGGCAAAGAAGGAUGAGCCUGUUGAAGUUGUCGAGGAUGAGGCCAUGGCGGAAGAAGAGAUUGCGCUACCCCCAUCGAAACCUGCCCGAGGGCGCAAGCGCACAAGCGACGAGGUAGAUGGUUCGGCGCUUGCAGUCUCUGAGGCACCUGCACCAAAGAAGCGUGGAGGACGCGGUCGCCCCAAAGCUACUGCUGACAGCUCAUCCAUCGAACAAUCACAACAGGACAUUAGCAUUGCCGAUGCGCCGCCGCCGGCGAAGGCACCAAAAGGCCGCAAGACUGCACGCGCGUCUGGGACAAAGGGAACACGGAAAGCCUCAGGGACUUCGCAGAGGUCAAACGCAUCAAUGGCAUCCCUGCGAACUGCACCCGGCGCAUUCCCCGAGGACGACGACGAGAUUACGAGGCAGCUUGAGGCUGACCUGGAGCGUCCGCUGACCGACGACGAGGAUAUCAUGCAAGAUUCCGAUUCGGAACGAAAGAAAGCCCCUGUUCCCAAGGCAAAGUCAAAGAAGAGCCAGUCGGGCAAGGAGUCUGCCGCCAACCCUGAGCCGUCAGAUAACCAUGAAAUGUUUGACGCGGAACCAUACGUGGCAGACGAAAACGAUGUUGACGACGAACUGAAGCAACUGGAGGCCGAAAUGACCAUUGAGGAGCCUGAGGCGCUGGAAGUUCCCAAGAAGGGACGCAAGGCCGCAGCUCCCCGCAAGGUAUCCAAGCAGACUAAGGCUCAGAAGGCCAAGGCCGCAAAAGUGGUCGUCGAAGACGACGAGCUAGCUGUUCCAGUAGAGCCCAGCCACACUGAAGAGCCUGCUGAUAUUGAAGAGGAUGAGAUCAGUACUGCCACGGUGAUCACGACAAAGCCUGCCCGCGCAAGCACCGGUAGGAAGCGCGGACGCCCGUCAAAGGCAUCAUUAGCGGCGCGUGCAUCUAUGGAAAGCGCCGGCAAGGUUGAAGAGAUAGAAGCUAUCGAGCCGGAAGCUGCAGCCGCUACUGCUGAAACCGAACCGGGACCGGAAGCUCAGGCUGAGCCUGAAGCUGAGAUCGACACUGAAGCCGAGGACGCGUCAGCUCGUCAGUCUUUUGCUUCGGCACGGCAAACGCCCGCACCAGCGGAGCCUCAAGACGAGCCUGAAGAGGAACACGAGGAGCUGGAGGAACCAGAGGAAGAACUCCCUGACGAGCUUGCAGACGAGCCGGAAGAGGAAGAAGAGUCCGAACUGGAGCAAGUAGACGAGCUUGAGCCUGAGCCAGAGUCCGAGGCACCUGAGCCCACACCAAGGGGUACAAUGAAGACGAGCUCUCCGCCACCUCUAUCAUCGCCGGUUCUCACCUCAUCCGCUCGCCGCAGUGUACAACAUCAAUCAGGCACUCCGCGUAUAUCUCCUGCCCAGUCAGCUCGCCAGGCGGCUGUUUCGCCCUCGCCAUCUCCGCAGUCUUCAGAUGCCGAGAACCAGCCCCCGUCUUCAAGACCUUCCACAACUCAAAAGCGGGUGACACAUGCCCCCAUUUCAUCAACCCCGGCAAGACCUAACUCGCCGACUAAGCGCAAAGCUUUGGCAAGUCUCCAAAGCACCACGCCCUGGAACCCCGUUAAUAUUGAUCUCGUCUUCGGAUCCCCCGAGAAGUCGGACAAGAGAAACCCAGUUGACAGGCUCCUUCACAAAGGCACCGAGCUGACAAGCCCUGAGAUGCGCAUGACAGUGGAGGAGUGGAUUCACCACAACGCCAACCAGGCCGAGUCGAAGCUGCGACAAGAGUGCGAAGCUAUGGUUAGCAAGUUUGAGAGCGAGGGUAGCAAGGCGAUGAACGUUUUGGAGGGCUUGAUUGUAGAUUGAGUGUUUGCAUAGCGUAGUGUCGUUGGGAGCACCAUUCAAAGGUUAAUGAUUGGACUAUGAUCAUGAUACAACAACAGACAACUGGUGUGUGCGCUUAUCAAUAGGCCCAGUCGACCGUUGGUAAUUGGAUUUGUGCAAGGCAGCAAGGUUGAAUAACGACACUUUCAACCGCGUUGAGGAUAGAGAAGGGCCACUGAGUGGCUCUCGAGCAUUUAUACACAAAAGGAGAAUGGCAAGGGGGAGCGUAUUG